UCCAAGUAAAUUUAAAUUACUGUUAGAAAAGCUUUUUCGAAGGGUGUUUUUGUACGUUGGAAUUAAUGUUUCGCCUAAUCCAAUAAAGAUCAAAAGCAGUAGCUAUGUGGAUGUUAGAUGCCAAAGCGUGUUUGAGCCAAUCAUCGGAGCUAAAAUGCUACACACCGAAACCCUGCCCACCGCUGGCCACCAGGGCAUCUAUGCUCCGUUAAGUCAGGCAAUGAGCGAUUCUGAAUCCGACGAGGAGAUUGAGAUUCAUAACGCCGCCAAUCAUCGCCAGAAAUUGCAAAGAACUCAUCAGCAUAUUCCGCAGGAACACCUUCAGGCCCAAAGAAUACGCAUUCCUCCGAAUACUCUAGCCUUGAAAUCACCACAUACUCGAGCACCCACCGCCACUAGGAUUGUCACGCGAAAUCCUGCCGCAAAUCCCCAGAAAUUCCAAUUGGAGGGCAGUAGCUACGCAACCAACAUGCAAAAUACUUUUCGUUCCGUCAUGUUGAGCGAUAAUGGUGUAGUGGGUUCGGAGUUAUCUCACUUCAAUAGCGAAUUCGAUUCUAAUGCCGAUAAUGUGGCCAUUCUGGGUGGCAGUCAGACGGGAGAAGAUUCAGCCAAAAGGACACCGAUGUCACCGGCAAGAAAAUGCUGCUUUAUAGGUAGCUUGCUACUAUGCUUUUUCGCCAUCGUAUCGUUUGUGUGGCUAGUCCCUUGUGGCAAUCCCGAUGGCACAGGAUCCUGUCCAGCCAUUGGAGAUCGUGCCAAGACACGCAAUUGGUUUAAUAACUACACCAAGGCGGAACUCAAAGGGGGUGUUAAUGUGGUUGGAGGCUUAAAGGCCUGGGAGAACAACCUAAUCUUCAUGUAUCGCGGCGAUGCCUUCUUUCCUGAAUUUCGGCCUGGCAAUGAGCGGCGCAAUGGCAUUAUCUGUUUGAUUGGCUCCUCAGGUGCAGUAGCCUGGUUUGUGGAGAUGGUGGAUGAACCCGUGGCCUUGGACUGCACUCUAAUAGACAUAGAUGGCAAUGGGAAAUCAGAGUGCUUAGUUCUCGAUGAGUAUGGGGAACUGGGAGCCAUACAUCCCGUCUCAGGAGAAUGGCUUUGGUGGUUUAAGGAACGUUCAGCUAGCAAGGUUGAUGCCUACGACUUUCCAGUCAUCCUGCCUGAUCUGGAUGCGGAUGGAGUGCUCGACCUCCUGCUCGUGACGAGUCUGUCUCUGGAACAACGUACCAAAUCGCUAGCCCAGGUGAAUCAUGAAUCAGCAGGACAACUAGAAGCACGCAAUGUGUUGCGUUUCCUUUCGGGCAAAAAAGGUUCACCGAUAGGUGAUGGCUUCCGCAUCCACGACUGCGAUAGGGUAAGCAACGUGAGGAUCGAGGCGGGCAAUGUAAGCUUCAUCUGUCAGCGUGUCAAUGGCACUGAACAGCAGCGCUCCAAGAGUCUAGCGGAGCUGUACGCCCUAAUAACCAACAAAUCGAUUGUGGGUCAGAGACUAGCCAGCUCGAAAAUCUCCCAGCACAGAAAUCAUGGCCAGCGACGGGAAUUGGAUGCCCAAAGGAAUAUCUUUUCGUUGAGUGGUCGCGAGCUGGUGGUAGAGAAUCGUGGACGCUGUCCUGAGGAUUGUAAUGUUACCUUUGUCCUAAGUGAAGUCCGCGAUGGCAAGCCCCAUGUUGUGUAUAAUUUUACCAAAAGCGGAAUGUUUGGCAUGUCUCCAGCCCAGUGGCACUUCAAGAACACCAAGUCGCAGAUGUCCGGAUUCGUGAUGAAGUUCUGGAAGUGGCAUGGUCUCACCAAGCCAUCAAAACAGACCUCUGCCAGCAGCAAUAACAAUAAUGUUCAAAAAAGUGGAAGCAACAAUCACACCAAGAACAUGAAUGCAAUCAAGGAUAAGGAGAAAGCUCAGGCUAAGAAACAACAGCAGCAUCAACGUCUGAGGAGGAGUACGAAAGCCAAGGAUUACGAGUUUCCAUUGCAUCACCAGGAGUUUGAUGUUUUUAAUCACAUAAAGCAAAAGCGGGAAACGUUCGGAUUGCCCUCUAAAAACCUAACCAAGUCCACAGGAAUUGCACCUGGUGGUAGCUACAAAAUGAAUAUGAUCACAGAGACCGUGAUCCUUGUGGUGUUCGUAGGCGCAGAUACUCACAUCGAGAACACUUCACAGAGCGAUAUCAUCCAGUUUUGCCGCCACGACCGCAAGGAGGUGGUAUGUCAACCGGAUCUUAAUAACCAGGAUAACUCGAUGCUUAUUGCCGACUUGGAUCAAGACGGAUCUCAGGAGUUGGUCACGUACAUGUCUACAUUUGUGCAUCCCGAAGAUCAACCGCUUAGCGAGUGGAAAUUGCUAACCUACGUGCGAUUGUUACGCCUUCAGGCAGAGCUUCCUGCCUACUAUGAGGUUGACAAGCACAACUAGGCGAUCAUCCAGAUCAGCAUCAUAAUCAGAGUAGGGUAAUAUAGUGCAUUUAACCAGCCGGAAGUGUGCUGUUGAACAUGAAUAGCAGUUUAAUCUAGUUGCAUGCAUUACAUUGUACAUUAUUAAAAACCUUUUCUAGCCUCCCAUAAUAAAUCAGAAUACAUUAAAUACGUA